UUAAUCAGUUCCCACUAUAAAUACUGAUUUACGAACAUAUUGUAUAGACCAUAUCUUUCGCUCUCUUUUUUUUCUUCCUUUCAUUCUGAAUAAUAUUUAUUAACAUUUGCAUACCUCUUGCGUACUCAAUGUCUAAAAAAUACACAAUUCUAGAUGUUGCUAAACAUCAGCAAGCAAAUGACUGCUGGAUCAUUCUUCACGACAAAAUUUAUGAUAUUUCUCAGUUUCUUGAUGAUCAUCCUGGUGGUAAAAAAGUUCUUCUAAAGGCAGCAGGCACAGAUGCUUCCAAACAAUUUGAUGCUUUUCAUAGUCCUGCGGUCUUGUCCAAAAUAGCUGCUAAAUACUUGAUCGGUGAAGUAGGUCCUAGCGAAUCAAGUGACAUUGUUGAGACAGAUGAAAUUGAAGACCAGAAUCCUCUUCGUGUGGGAGAUGCCUACGGUGAUAUGGUACCUUUCGGUGAUCCUAUGUGGUAUCAAGAUUGGUACAGUCCAUACUAUGGAGACUCUCAUCGUGCUGUUCGAAAAGCUGUUCGUCAGUUCGUGGAGACAGAAAUUAUGCCUUAUACCCAUGAAUGGGAUGAAGCGAAAGCAUUACCUCGUGAACUUUAUGAAAAGGCUGCUAAGGCUGGUAUUCUUGCUGCCGUUAUUGGGCAUGUUGAGUCUGAAUAUAUUCCGUAUGGUUUACCAGCCGGUGUCAGGCCAGAAGAAUUCGACACAUUCCACCAUAUGAUUGUUGCUGAUGAAUUGUCUCGCUGUGCUUCAGGCGGUGUAACAUGGGGUCUCAUUGGCGGCCUGAGUAUCGGCCUUCCGCCUGUAGUUCAUUUUGGCUCAAAAUAUUUAAAGGAUAAAGUCGUGAAGGAUUGCUUAGCUGGUACAAAAAAUAUUUGUUUGGCCAUUACUGAACCAUCUGGCGGUUCUGAUGUAGCCGGACUUCAAACGGAGGCAAAAGAUAUGGGUGACCAUUACUUGGUGAACGGUGAAAAAAAGUGGAUCACAAAUGGUACCUUUGCAGAUUACUUUUGUGUUGCUUGCAGAACAGGCGAGCCAGGAUUCAAUGGCAUAUCAUUCCUUUUGAUUGAACGUGAUACGCCUGGGGUUGCUACGAAGCAAAUGAAAUGCAGCGGUGUUUGGCCAUCCGGAACUGCGUACAUAACAUUUGAAGAUGUUCGAGUACCAAAAGAAAACCUGAUCGGUAAAGAAAACAAAGGCUUCAAGUAUAUCAUGUACAACUUCAAUAAUGAGAGAAUGGGCAUUGUCAUCCAAGCCAAUCGAUUUGCUCGCGUUUGUGUUGAAGAAUCACUUAAGUAUGCCAAUAAAAGAGUAACCUUCGGAAAGAAAUUGAUUGACCAUCCCGUUAUUCGCAAUAAGCUGGCUCAUAUGAUCAGACAGGUCGAAGCAACCCAUGCAUGGAUGGAAAGCCUAGCUUAUCAAAGUCAGCAAAUGCCACAAGACAUACAGCCGAUCAGAUUAGGUGGCCCCAUUGCUUUAUGUAAAGCCCAAGCUACACAAACAUUUGAAUACUGCGCGCGAGAAGCAGCGCAGAUUUUUGGUGGUCUGUCAUAUACUCGUGGCGGCCAAGGUGAAAAGGUAGAGCGUUUAUAUCGGGAGGUUCGUGCAUUUGCUAUUCCAGGAGGCUCAGAAGAAAUCAUGCUCGAUCUAGGUGUGCGCCAAGCAAUAAAAGUUGGUGCCUUCAUGGGCGCAAAAAUGUAAAACUCACUUGAGCGACUUAAUGAAAUAAAAAACUGAAAUUAUACUUACCGG